AUGGCUCGUGUCGCAGCCUUGACCCUGCUCUCAGCAGCAGCUCUUCCCGGUGCUAUGGCCUGGGGAGCAAUGGGUCAUGAAACUGUUGCCUAUAUUGCUACCAACUUUGUGGCCACGUCGACAAAGACAUACUUCCAGACUCUUCUGGGCGACACGUCAACCGACUAUCUGGCGUCGGUUGCCAGUUGGGCAGACUCGUACCGCUACACCACAGCCGGCAGCUUCUCCUCGGGCUACCACUAUAUUGACGCGCAGGACAACCCGCCGUCGUCGUGCGGCGUGGACUUGGACCGGGACUGCGCCGACGGCUGCGUCGUGAGCGCCAUCUCCAACUACACGGAGCGCGUGCUCAACACCAAGCUCAGCACCGCGGACCGCCAGAUUGCCGCCAAGAUGAUCAUCCACUUUAUCGGCGACAUUGGGCAGCCGCUGCACUGCGAGGAGCUCGAGGCCGGCGGCAACGGCAUCGACGUCACCUAUGACGGCGAAGACACCAACCUCCACCACAUCUGGGACUCGGAGAUCCCCGAGUCCGUGUCUGGCGGCUCUUCUCAGUCUUCUGCCAAGACUUGGGCCACCACAUUGACGACUGCCAUCAAAUCGGGCACCUACAAGUCCGAGGCUGCCGGCUGGGUUUCUGAUCUAGACAUCACGGACGCUGAGACGACGGCUACGGGCUGGGCCUCCGAGUCCAACGCCUACGUCUGCUCGACCGUCCUCAAGGGUGGCCUCUCCGCCGUUGAGAACAAGGAGCUCGAUGGCUCGUACACGACCACGGCGCAACCGGUUGUCAAGGAGCAGAUUGCCAAGCAGGGAUACCGGCUGGCCAAGUGGCUUGACGCUAUUGCGGCAGCCUAA